AAUUUUCAAUCCCAUUAUCCCAGAUCAAGAUUAAGCCAACCAAGAGAGCAAUUGUCAUGGACAUUAAGCAUCAUCAUCAUCAUCACUUCCUUCUCAUAUCCUGCCCUGCCCAAGGCCACAUAAACCCUACUCUCCAACUUGCCAAGCGCCUCAUAGGAAUUGGAGGCACACAUGUCACUUAUGCCACCACCAUCCAUGGCCUCACCCAAAUCAAAUCCUUCCCUUCUCUUGAAGGCUUGUCAUAUGCUUCUUUCUCAGAUGGCUUUGAUGAUGGAAUCAAACCAACCCAAGACCCCAAUAUGUCUGAAUUUAAGCUUGUGGGAUCAAAAACACUCAAAGCCUUGAUUGAGAAAAUCUCUACAUCUCAAGAUCACUCAGGCCCUGUCACUUUUCUCAUCUACUCUGUCCUCCUCCCUUGGGCUGCUGAAGUUGCAAGUGAUUGUGGCAUACCAUCUGCUUUUCUCUGCAUACAAUCCACCACCUCCUUUGCACUUUGCCACCAUUACUUCAACCAUUUUCACAACUGCCCUCCAUUUCCAAAUUCUAUGACAAUAGAAGGGUUGCCUCCUUUUGCUCCCACAGAGCUACCUUCCUUUCUCCUACCAACCAGUCCACAUGUUUCAAUCAUCCCUAUCUUUCAAGAACACAUCCAAGUCUCGGAACAGGGCAAACCCAACUCCAGUCUUGUGCUACUCAAUACUUUUGAUGCCUUAGAAGAGGCAGCAAUCAAAGUUCUCAGAUCAUCAGGCAUGAAUGUGAUUCCAAUUGGACCCUUGGUUAUAACUGGGUUUUGGGAGGAAAGUGAAAACCAAUCCAGUGAUGCCGGGUUUCGUUGCGACUUGUUUGACAAGUCUGAGGAUGAUUACCUUCAAUGGCUGGACUCAAAACCAGAUAGCUCAGUUGUUUAUGUGUCAUUUGGGAGCAUGGUGGUGUUAAAGAGAGAUCAGAUUGAAGAGAUGUUGAAUGGACUAGUUGAGAGUGGCCUCCCAGUUUUAUGGGUUAUUCGCUGUGCAGAGAAGGGAGGAGAUCAAGAAGCUCAGAUAAUGAAGAUAAAGAACAGACUGAAAAUCAAAGAACAGGGUUUAGUGGUGCCAUGGUGUUCACAAAUGGAGGUUUUAGGGCACAAGUCAGUGGGGUGUUUUGUGAUGCAUUGUGGGUGGAAUUCAACUGUGGAGAGCUUGGUUGCUGGGGUUCCAAUGGUGGGUUGUGCUCAAUUUUCAGACCAGAACACAAAUGCAAAACUAGUGGAGGAAGUGUGGGGGGUUGGAGUUAGAGCCAAAGAGAAUGAAGAGGGAGUGAUUGGAGGUGCAGAGAUUAAGAGGUGCCUGGAGAUUGUGAUGGGAGAUGGAGAGAGAGGGGAAGAGAUAAGAAGGAAUUGUGAAAAAUGGAAAGGUUUGGCCAAAGAAGCUGUCAAGGACGGUGGCUCUUCAGACUACAAUCUCAGGCACUUUAUUGGAGGAUUGGGAUGAAAUGGGGUGCAUGAGAAUAUGCAUGUAUGUCCUCUAUAUAUAUAUGUUAGAAAAAGUACUCCAUCCACAGACUUCUUUGUACUCUGUUUAGUGUUGUGCAUGUAUUUAAGUUCUCUAACUUCCUCAAUGAGAUCAUAUUUUGGUUUUGCCAAA